AUGGAGCCAUCAGAGAAGAGCCAGGCCCGGACAGAAGCAGCGGAUCACGAUACAGAGCAGAUCUUGAAAUGUAGUGUUCCAUCGCAGGUCGAGGUUUCGUUAGAUCGCGACACGCCACAUUCGAUUCGCUCGCCACACAACGACAACGCCAUUUCUCUGCACGCAGUCGAUCCUGUCUCCGUACGGCUCGAGCACCUCUCGGUUUCUGUCGAUGAAUCACCCAAUGCGCUUGGCCUGCUGUUCUCGAAGAAGAAAGGUGUACCGAGCCCUAAUCGCGUCAAGAAGAUACUCGACGAUGUAUCGGCCGAUCUACCAAGUGGAACCCUCACAGCCAUAAUAGGAGGGAGUGGAAGCGGGAAAACAUCGUUGCUGAAUCAGAUGAGUGGACGCCUAAAAGGCAAUAGACUAACCACCUCUGGCCGUACGAUUUCCAAUGAUAGCGAAGAUGCAUCGCGAAUACGGAGUGCCUACGUUAUUCAGCAGGAUAUCCUUAUACCAACGCUGACUGUUCGAGAGACUUUGACGUAUGCUGCGCAACUACGCUUGCCGUCAUCGGUUAGUCAGGAAGAGAGGAAGCAGCUCGUGGAAGAAGUCAUUCUAGAACUAAGCUUGAAGGAAGCUGCGGAUACAAGGAUUGGAAAUCAUGCACACAAAGGCUGUAGCGGUGGAGAGAAAAGGAGAACCAGUUUGGGUGUUCAACUUCUAUCGAACCCAAGCCUACUUUGGCUUGAUGAACCAACUACCGGUCUUGACUCCACGAGCGCUUACCAGGUCAUCAAGACUUUACAGAAUCUUGCUAGGAAAGGAAGAACCAUAAUCGUCACAAUUCACCAACCUCGAUCUGAGAUUUGGAGUAUGUUCGACAACAUAAUCCUCCUGACUAGAGGUAAUCCUGCGUACGCUGGGAGCGCCAAAGACUGCCUUCCAUACUUUGCAAACCUUGGCUACGAGAUGCCAGCGUUUACGAAUCCAGCGGAGUACUUGAUUGACGUAGUCAGCGUCGAUAAUCGGAGCGAGGAAGCGGAAUGUAUUGCUCAACAACGUGUGGAUCGCAUCAAAGCGGCAUGGAGAGAACACACUGAAAAACGCUCAAUUGAGAAGAAUACGCAAAUGAUAGCUUCGACAGGUGAUUUAAGUCUGCGGAAAGAACCAGUGAGAGCAAGACACACUUCUCUUCUCCAUCAAGUUCGUGUGCUUACAGCGCGAACUUGGACCGUAACCAUCCGCGAUCCUAUGGGUAUGUUUGGUAGUCUUAUAGAGGCGAUCGGCAUGUCAGUCAUCACAGGUUGGAUCUUUCUAAACCUCGACGGCUCUUUAUCCGGUAUCCGUUCCCGUCAAGGUGCACUUUACAAUGCAUCUGCCCUACAGGGUUAUCUGAUCCUUCUCUACGAGACAUAUCGACUCACGACUGAUAUUCAAGUCUUUGACGAAGAAUCGCGACAAGGCAUUGUCAGUAUACCUGCUUUUCUGAUCUCAAGGAGGUUAGCUCGCUUCUUCAUCGAGGAUAUUCCAGUCCCACUCAUCUUCUCGAUCAUCUACUACUUCAUGGCUGGCUUCCGCGCCGAUGCUGGUGAAUUCUUUACGUUCUUCAGUAUCAUGUUGUUGGAGCAGUACAUCGCUGUCUGCUUCGCAAUGGCAUGCGUGGCAAUCUCCAGAAACUUUGCCGGAGCGAGUCUGGUGGCGAACCUCGCGUACACGUUACAAUCAAUGGCGUGCGGAUACUUCAUUCAAUCUAACACGAUACCCAUAUAUGUACGAUGGACUAAGUGGAUGGCCUAUGUCUUUUAUGCUUUCGGGGCCCUUUGCGCCAACGAGUUCACGGGCCGUCUCUACGACUGCCCUUACGAAGGUGGUGCUUCGAACCCGCUUUGUAAAGAGUACACCGGAGAAUUCAUCCUCGACUCGCUCGGUUUUCCUGACAACUGGGUAUGGAGGCCAAUCCUUGCCCUUUUUGGUUUCGCUAUUGCCUUCUACAUUGGAGCCGGACUACUACUCAAAUUUUGGAGUGUGGAAUUGGUUAUGGCGCGAGCUAGACCAUCAGACAUGGAUGCUUCUGCUGGCAAAGAGAAAAUGAGUGAACGGCCUUCCGGCGACGUAAGAACGAUCACCAUAAAACUGGACCGUUACGGCAUGGACAUUGAGAAGCGCACCUUACGGACACGAACGACCAAAAAGAUUCUAGAACCACUCACAGCCGAGUUCCAGCCUGGGAUGUUGAACGUCAUUAUGGGCCCUUCUGGAUCGGGAAAGACGUCCUUGUUAAACAGCAUGGCUGGCAGACUGAAAGACAAUAUCUCAACUCGAUACAAGCAGUACGGUACCAUGGCAUUCAACGGUCUGGUACCAUCGGAGGAUGUUGUACACUCCAUCUGUUCGUUCGUAACGCAAGACGAUGAUGCACUCAUGCCAUCUCUCACUGUUCGCGAGACAUUACGCUAUGCUGCGGGUCUGCGUCUGCCAAAAUGGAUGUCCAAGAAGCAGAAGAUCCAAAGAGCAGAGGAAAUAUUGUUAAAGAUGGGACUCAAAGAUUGCGCUUCAAACAUCGUCGGCAAUGAUCUCAUCAAAGGCAUUAGUGGUGGCGAGAAACGAAGAGUAACGAUCGCUGUGCAAAUUCUCACCGAACCACGCGUUCUACUCCUUGACGAACCCCUAAGUGGGCUUGAUGCCUUCACAGCAUUGUCAAUCAUGGACGUGCUUCGCGGCCUAUCCUUCGAAGGACGCACCCUGGUUGUGACCAUCCACCAACCGAGAUCGGAUCUCUUCGCUCAUUUCGGCAACAUCUUACUACUGGCUCGUGGUGGCUCUCCCGUAUACGCCGGUCCAGCUCACGAUAUGCUGCCUCACUUCGCCAGCCAAGGCCACGAAUGUCCCCGUCACAUCAACCCCGCAGAUUUUGCGCUGGAUCUCAUCACUGUCGACCUCCAACACGAGUCCCGAGAAGCAGCUAGUAGAGCCAAGGUGCGCAGCCUUGUCGAAUCCUGGAAUCCCGAUAAAUUUACAAGCGCUCGAACUGGCUCGAUCACCACACCAGCAGAGCUAGGAAGCAUGGCUCGAGAACCUACAUCGUUUGCAGCGGCCUACUCCAUUCUAAUCAGACGUGCCACGAAGAACUUCUUCCGCCAGCCAGACUUAGUCAUUGCUAGAAUCAUGCAAGUUGUCGGGUUGGGACUCGUGAUGGCGUUGUUCUUCGCGCCGCUGAAGAAUGAUUACUUUGCUAUCCAGAAUAGGAUGGGGUUUCUAAUUGAGAUUGGACCACUGUAUUUCGUUGGAAUGCUCAACAAUAUUGCAACGUAUCCCUUGGAAAGAGAUGUCUUCUACCGCGACUACGACGACCGUAUCUACGGCGUCGAGGCAUUCUAUCUCACGUACAUUUCCAUCACGACACCCUUUGAAAUCCUCAGCUGCCUUAUAUUCUCCAUUCUCACCGUCCUAGCUUGCGGACUAGAACGCGAUGCGCAGACGUUCUUCAUCAUCGUCUUCAACGCGUUCUGCAUCACAAGCUGUGGCGAGAGCCUGGGUAUCGCGUUCAACACAUUGUUCACGCACACUGGGUUUUCCGUCAACUGCAUGUCGCUCCUACUCAGCGUCGCGCAAGUUAUGGGUGGCGUGCUUUCUCUCAGUAUCCCCAGCUUCCUGCAGGCUUUCAAUCACCUCUCACCCAUCAAGUGGGCUAUUGGUAACAUGGCGCCGUACACGAUGCGCAACCAGCGCUUUACAUGCGAAGACUGGCAGGAGAUCAACGGCCAAUGUCCCAUUACGACGGGACAGCAGGUCCUCGAGCUGUACAAGCUCGACAAAGAUCCAGAGACGUACCUCAUGGCUUUGGGGAUCUGUGCAAUUGUGUACAGGUUCCUCGCUUACGUGGUGUUGAAGAUGGUCAAGGAAAGGUGGCUGGGGAGAUUGUGGCAGAAGUUGGGUGGCGGGAAGAAGAAAAGAGGGGGGGUGCCACAGACUUCGACUGCGACGGCUGGAGAAGUCGCAUAG